AUGAGCAAUAAGAACAGAGGAGAGAUUUUUUCAUCGUCGGAUGAUGAUUGCCCACAACAGAAAUCACGAGUCGGCCUUCAAGGACCUGACCCCAACAACUACAAGUUGAACUUGCUGAUGGUGGAUCAUCAGCAUUCAAAGAAGAAGAAUUCAAUGACCAACGAUGUUGAUCACCUGAAUUCAGGUAAGAUGAAACGUGGAGUAUCAUCUUGGCCAAGCGGAUUUGGGUGGUUGUCCUGUUCUUCUGUAUUGUUAGUUGGGCAUGCGGAAGAUAAUAGCUGCCAAAAUUAUUCUAAAAGAAAAAUAUUAUUAUCAUCAACAAUCCAUCAUGUUUCACGCAAGCAAGCUAGAGCUACUUCUAGUACGGAGCUCCUUUUAACAACGAAUAUGCGAACGAUGAUGAUGAUAAUUAUGAUUUUAUUUAUUUACUGUACAGAUUUCAUGAACGCUACAACUAUGUAUUUCAAUUAUAACACUAAAGAAUGGAAUGAUGACAAAGUGACAGUAAUAGAUUGUAGUAAAGAUUUCAUGCAUCCCAUGAUCAUACGGAAUGGAACUAUUUCAUCAACGAAAAUGAACUUUAUCAGAGGAGCCACGCAAGAAGAGACAGGGGAAUGGUUCAAUACAAUCUCUACAUUGCAAGUGGACUUGAGAAAAUUCGUUCUUGAUGAAAGCCAUAGAUAUCUAAUAGGUCAUUCAUCAGGUUCUGACACUUUAGUAGCAGAUAAUGUUGUAACUAGCGUUAAUUCUGGAAUAACUCAGGCUUUUUGGAUUAUUUAUUCUCAAUCAUCUCAGAUCUCACGACUGAUCAAAAUUGGUACUGUCUCACGAAACACCAAAUUCUAUUUGUAUACAAUGGAAUAUUUCUUCAUUCAUGGAUUAAGGCGGGUAGGAUUUGCUGGUGAACUUCCUGCACCCUAUAUUUCUAUUGCAGAUACCAACUACAGACCAAACGAACACUUGAUGAUAUUUCAAUUUAGUGUAUCACAAGUGAAUGCUCAACCAACUGUCAACAAGAUAGCAGAAUUACCACCUCCUCUAUUCGUUCCUCCGAGGAUCUCUAUUCCUACAAUUAUGGGCAGCGUUCCAAUUGUGAUUGUCAAAGAUAUUGUCUAUGGUGACGAUGCUACAGUUUUUUUCACUGGAGUUUUCAACACUAAAAUCCAAUUUCUGGAUAUUCAGACCACAAUCGAUACAAAGAAAGAGAGCUCUGUAUUUUUUGGAGUUCUAGAUCCCAAUAAUGGAACUGUUGUUUUUAUCACCAAGAUUGAACCUGCAAUCGCUAUUGAAUAUAACUCGGUGAACGUAAACUUGAUGGAAAUAUCUUCUAGUUAUCAAGAAGUUUAUAUAACUGGUACAGUUCAAACAUUUCUGCAAGAUGUAGGAUUUGUUCAAAAAGUAUUCAUUGCAAGUUAUGACAUUUCUCAACGCUCAUCGCCGGUUUUGCGCUGGAAUCACAUUAUUGGAAUUGAUGGAGCAAAAUCUAUAGAGGAUAUUGUCUGUUUAAAUGGAAAGCUCAUUAUCAAUAUUUUGCUCACAAACUUUAGUAAUGUUAUAACUCAAAUCUCAACGCAAGACGGAGCAUUCAUAUCGGCUCUACUUAUUUAUGAUAGCCCAUAUUUUGGAGUACGUAUCUCUCUAAACGCAGACAAAGAUUUAGUGGUUGUUGGAAAGAAAGGAAAUGUUUUUUCCAACAUUGAUUGGGACAGUUUUAUUACUUUUGGUGUACCUAGCUCAAUCACGUUGUUUUCACAAAAAUUCACAAUUCAUUCCAAACAUAAUAGUGACGAACUCGCUCUUGAAGAGGUGUACAUGGAACCAAUUUUGAAGGGCUCAAUCAUUGCUACACAAUUAAUAACUCUGACCACAGAUACCUAUAAUCCUAGAAAAUUCUAUGUCGCUACCACGUUUAGUGGUAGUGUCCAAGUGAUUGGUGAUUCAAAUGCAAGAGUCAAUCCUGUUGGCUUUUCAAAUGCUUUGGUAUCUACAAUCGUUGAAGGAUGCACUUCCUGUGAAAGCGAAUGCAUUAUUCCUUUGUGUGGCCCAUAUACACAAGAUGAUUCGAGGGCUUGCUCUGGUAGAGGACGUUGCGAUAGUCCAAAUUCAUGCAGCUGUUCACUUUCUACCUUCUCAGGAGAAUCAUGUCAGUAUCCUAUAUGCUUUGGAGUGCCUCAAAACUCUACGUCUGUAUGCUCUGGAAAUGGAAGAUGCGCAUUUCAUGAUUAUUGUGUGUGCAAUGAUGGCUAUUCUGGAACGAACUGUGAGAUUGCAAGAUGUUUUGGACUCAAUGCUACCAAUGACUCUGUUUGUUCAUCUCAUGGAGAUUGUGUUGCUAUGGAUAUUUGCAAGUGUUUUUACAAUUAUACGGGAGAACAAUGCAGCUUUGAAAUUGUACAGGGAUAUACUCAUUGUGGUGUUGGAAGAUACCUUUACAACCAAAGCGAUGCCAAUCAACUUAUAAGCCCUAUUAUGCUCUAUGGAUUUCCACCAUCGCUGUAUAUAUCCUUUGAUGCUGACGGUCAAAUUUCAUACACAGGCUACGGCAUCUCUCCUACCUUACAUUCUUUAGGUAAUGGCAUUUCAGUCAAAUUUGGAAGUGUGUUAAAUGCAUCCACUGAAUUAUAUUCAACAGUUCUUCUAAUAGAUCAGAAUACUACAUUACAAGAGGGCAUUGUUGUGACCAGUGUGGUUUCUGAUGAUUACUCCAACACAUGGAUUGUUGGUUGGAAGAAAAGACAAGUGUUUGGCUUGACGCAAUUCGUGGGAGUAUUGAUCAAAAUUAAGCCAGAUGGAACCAUUUCACAUAUUAAGGAAUUUGGAAAUGUCAUUCCCGAGUCAGUGCGACUCUCUGUCGACAGUAGUAUGAUAUUUAUUACUGGUGGAUAUAGAGGAUCGGUAGAAAUUGACUCUGGUUGCACCGCCACCUCAUCCUCACUUGUGAACACAAUCGUAUUCCAAUUGUCCUCGUAUGAACUCUUUUGUUUAUGGAUGGCAACAAGUGAAGGAAUGUCCAAAGGUUUUUCUGUGCUUCCAGAUGCAGUCGAUAACGUUGUCAUUUCAGGUAUUUUCAGAAGUGCCGUUCGAUUUGAAGAUAAGCAAAUUUUGAACACUGAUCCAAACGUAUUGUCAUAUUACAUUUUGAAAUUUAGUCCUAUGGAUUUAGCUGGCAAUAGAAGAGUUCUUUGGAUUCAAUCCAUCACCACAAACUCGAGCUCUGACGACAACAUGAAAACGUCAGACGAGUUUUUUACUUCAGAGUUUAGUAGUGUUCUAAAAUUUGAUCCAAAUCGAAAUAUUUUGUUCUCAGGAGAGUUUGGCUCAUUCGUUUCAUUCCAAAACACAACAGUGACCAGUCAAUACGAUCGAAACUUUUUCUUGACAAAAACUGAUUCUAACGGAUUUCUUCAGAGCAUGAUCACUUUUCAAAAUGUUUACAACACUUCCUUCGAUGUGGAUUCUAGUGGAUACACUUAUGUGACAGGUGUUAUUAAGCCCGGAGGAUCCAAUAUUGGUGACCCUAAUGAAAAACAGCCACGAUUCUUUGCAUCAAAGUACUGCGUUAGAAACCAUGAACGAUGGUACAAGGAACGCCUUUUGGAUAGUCGCGAAGUGUAUGGUUCUAUUUACUCUGCUUACAGUGAAAAAGACAGGUUAUUUGUUGUUUCAUUUGUGAACAAGACGCUUCUUUCACUUCCAACCAUUUAUACCAUCAUGUUCAAAGAUGAAGAGUGUCUUCAAUGUCCCAUUGGAACAUUCAGUCCUGACAAAGCAGCAACAUCCAAUGAUACAUGCACACCUUGCGAACCAGGUUAUUACAGCAACACGGAAGGAGCUCAAUACUGCACAGCAUGUCCUCCCUCCACGUACAAUCCUUCUAAAGGAUCGACUUCCAACAACUCUUGCGUGUAUUGUGAUUUUGGAUAUUUUAACAAUCAAGAAGGUCAAUCCUCUUGCUUUAAGUGUGAUGUUGGAACCUAUUCGCCAAUAAGAGGAGCAUUGGAAUGCUUGAGCUGUGAACCUGGAACCUAUGCUCCAACGGAUGGACUUUCUAACUGCUUACCUUGUCCUCCAGGCCAAUAUUCAGACAAAUCUGGAGCGUGGGCAUGUGAAACAUGUCCAGCUGGACAUUAUCAGCCUCUUUAUGGUCAAAAUAGUUCUCAGAGUUGUUUACAGUGUCCACCAGGUUCUUUCUCUUUAUCUGUUGGUAAUGGUAACUGUACCUUGUGUCCUGCUGGAACUUUCAACUCCAAUCCUGGAAGUAUUUCUGCAUUGGACUGUUUCAAGUGCCCAAGUGGACAAUAUUCAAGCACAGAAGGAUCUUCUCAUUGCACAGAAUGUGAUGUAGGAACCUAUAACGAAAACAUUGGUUCCUCAAAUGCCAGUAGUUGUCUCCCUUGUCAACCUGGAACAUUCAGUAACAGAAAAGGACAAGCAUCUUGCACCAAAUGUGCUGCUGGAACGUACCUUUCAAAAGCUGGGUCCUUCAGUGAGAGUGACUGUCUUUUAUGUCCUAUUGGCUUCUAUUCGAAUAUGAGUGGCUCAUCAUUUUGUUUUUCGUGUCCACCUGGCUCCACAACAUCCUCUGCUGGCUCUCUAAAUUCAACAGCAUGCAUUCCAUGUGAAAAAGGAUUUUUCCUCAAUAAGGAUCAUCAGUGUACCACAUGCCCAUUUUCUACAUAUUCUGAUGUAGAGGGUGCUUUGCAAUGCUCUAUUUGUCCUCUAAGCUUACCUACUUUCACAGAAAAAAACACAUCUAUGGCUGCAUGUAUGGUUGUUCCAAUCAUUAUCAUUGUCGCAAUAGUGGUCAUUAUUGCUAUUGCUAUUCCACUUUCGAUAUUCGGUUUCAUAUUCCGUCGUCAGGCAGUGGCUUUGAAAAGAAAGAAGAGAGCAGAAGAUGAAAUGCUCUCUAAACUAUUGGAACAUAAUACCAAAUCAUUUUAUGCAUCGACAGACACGAGUGCCACUCAUCACCAAACGGCGAAUCUCAUACCCAUUGAAGAUUUAGAAUUUAAGGAAAGAGUUUCUGAAGGAGCAGGAGGCGUUAUUUUCCGAGCAGCUUGGAAAGGAACUGAAGUCGCUGUCAAACGAAUCAAAUCAAAUCAAUUUGGUAGUGAUGACGAUGAAACAUUUGAGCAUGAAGCUACUAUUUUAAUUGGAUUGAGACAUCCAAAUGUUGUUUUGAUGAUGGGUGUCAGUGUUGAUGAAGACAACAAGUAUAUUAUUACUGAAUUCGUAAAGGGUGGAAGUUUAGACAAGUUAAUUUAUAACAAAAAGAAGGCUAAGAAUGAAAUUAUUACCUUUGGAAGAAAAUUGGAGAUUCUUAAAGAUAUUUGCAGAGCUUUAAUUUAUUUACAUAACACAAGACCACCAAUCAUUCAUCGUGACUUGAAACCACAAAAUGUCUUGCUUGAUGAAGCUGGACUUGCAAAGGUCUGUGAUUUUGGUGUCUCGAAACCAUUAUCAUCUCUCACCAUGACUGGUGUUUGUUAUGGUACCAUUCAAUAUACAUCACCAGAGAUUUUGAAACAGUCAAGAAGAUAUACCACCAAGUGUGACGUUUACAGUUUUGCCAUUCUCAUGUAUGAACUUUUCUUUAUGGUUCAUCCAUAUAGCGAUCUACCAAAAUGUCCAAUUUCUAAUCAUAACACAAAGAAGAGUACUUCGUUUUUGACAUCAUCCCACAACAAUAGUGACUCUUCUUCACCGCAUCUUUCAGAUUCAUAUUCUGGAUCGGGUAAUUCAGGUGACACCACGAACAACAUCAGUGACAUGCUCAGUAUUUUUGCCAUUGGUAAUGAUGUGAUUCAUGGCAAGAGACCAAUGAUUCCAUGGGAGAAUAAUAUUUCGUCACAACCACAACCUAUUCGUCCAAUUCUCCAAAUUCAAUCAUCUCCUACAAAUCUUGAUUCCGCCAUUCUCGAUAUCAAUUCUCCAACAACGAUUGAUGAUGAUGUUUUGAAGCUUGAAUGGUAUUUACAUUGCAAUAAGACUGUGAAGAACUCUGAAAUUACGAAACCUGAGUCAUUAGUCCCUAUCAUUGAUACUUACAUUUCAAUCAUGAAAGCAUGUUGGUCAAAUGAUGAAAAUGAACGCCCUGAUUUUUCGCAAGUGUUAGAGUCUCUCGAAGAACUACACCACGAAUGGACAGAGUUAAUGAACAUUCAAUGA